AUGAAGAAAGCAGAUUGUUGUGAAUUGUGGAGUUAUGUUUGUGACAGGAUUUUCGAUUUCCUUUUCAUUUGCUCCAUUUCGUCUGUUGAGUGGUGGGGUGUUAGAGCUUGUUUAAAUGGGUCAUUAGUGGAUGAAAAUGUUCCAUCUCAAAAGCUGCUCGUCUCUUGUGGAAUGUUUGGAAUUGAUUUAGGAAGCAUAAAAAGCAUUUUCAAUUUCAAUAGAGAAGAUGAAAAACAAAAAGAACAGCACAAACACAAUAAAUCACUAAAUAAAAUGUCAAAUAUCUACGAGGAUAAAAACAAAAGUAAAAGUGAAAAAGGGAAAUUCUUUCAUGCCGAACUUAUCAAUCAAUUAGCUGUGGAGAAAGUAAGGUGUUUCGAGUUCCUCUGUCUUAAUGCAAUUUCCGGCAUUAGCAGAACAAAACGAAGACGAAAUGUAUCAUUACCAAUAGAAAACAAAAGUCACUUUUAUGAAGUGGAAGAAAUAACUAAAAUAUAUUCAAUUGCGCAAUCAUUUCAACCUAAAAAGUUUUUUUUGUCUUCUUUCCUAGAAACAUCCAAUAAAUCACAAUCAAAUUUACCCUAUCAGAUGAUCCCAUUACCAUUUGAAUAG